CUCAUCCGUCACAGCGGCGCACCAACAAUCCACUCAGCCCCGCCGGAGAAGCGUCUUCUUCUCUACAUCCUCACCCGGAUUCUUCGCCCCCGGGACGGUAGCCACACAUGUCUCUUCAACGAGGAUCUCAAGGCGGUUCAUGCUAUCACCCACGGCGCCUCGAUCAAUUGGGCAAAAUACGUCAUGAUUCACAUGGCGAAUUGCGCCUCCAUCGCCACUGAGCGGAGCUUGCCAUACGCCUUCCUCGUCAUGGACCUCAUCAUCUCCGCCGACAUCUCCAUCGCCGGCCCAGAUACGAAGAUGACAAAGAUUUGGAUCAUCCAAGACAGCACCUUCCGGAAGAAGUCCGGUGACGGAACCGGCGCUGGACCGAGUCGUGCCCGUGCCCCUGCCCCUACCUCCGCUCCCGCCAAGGCGUCCUUACAGUCCAUAGCCGAUACUCUGAAUCGGCUAACCCUCACAGUGGAUGGCAUGGGGCAGUCAAUCGAGCGGAUGGAUUGGACGCUGCAACAUCAACACCAUGACAUGACAGCGUUCUUCCGUGGCAUCAACUAUGUCCCGCCGCCCUUUGACAGCACCAUCCUCGGCCAAAACUAUGAAGGCGAGGACGAGGAGGAUGACUCCUAUGCUCCGUCCUCCUCCCCCGACGAGGCCGAUUUUGAGGACGCGGUCGACGGGGAUCCCAUGGACGUUGAGGACGACGAAGAAGACGAUGACGCCGAGGAUGAGGACGCCGCUGCCUAAACUCUUCUUUCUUUUCCUUCCUUCCUAUGAUUGUUUUUUUAUUAUUAUUUCCAUUCCGUUGUAUUCCGCAUUUUCUCCUUUUUCAUGAAUAAAAGUUUACUUUUAUACUCCAAAGUUCACUUUUAAUUCUUUUUGUUAAUGUCAAAAGGGAGAAGAUAUCAAGGUUAUGCAUAAAUUGAGGGGGAAUUA